AUGUUUUCAGGUCCUGUAUCAGCACAACCCACAAUCCCCUGUGAUGAUCUGCUGUACGCUGCUGUCAGUUUCCACAAGUAUGAAGAUUCAGUCAGUGAUGUUACAGACAACUUCAGUAAAGAGGAGAUUUUAACCGACUACACCACUGGGAAGAACAAAUGGAUUUGCAAUGGUCGCUUUGUCACUCCCGGUGUAGAGAGUUUCUCGCUGUGUGGCACGAGAAACAUAAUAAACUAUAAGAAACAUGAUCGAUGGAUUAAUGAAGGAAGAUUCACUCUGUAUUGUAACAAUGAGGGAAAACUGAUGAUCUACAUCAAAGAUCUGAACACAGAGGAUUCUGGAAGAUACCGGAUUGGUGUUGAUGGCUCAGAUGUUUUUGAAAUGAAUCUGAAUGUGAAUAAAGAUUCCUGUUGUUUCAUGUCUAUGAUGGAAGUAAAAAUAAAACGAACUGCUGUUAUUAAAUGUGAAUAUUCACAGAAUUAUUUUGGAGAUGCCAAGGCUGUAUUCAAAGAGAACAAAAAUUCCAUUGAAAUAAUUUACAACACUAAAACCAAUAUGGUGAAAAAUAAAGGAAGAUUCAGUGUAAAUGAUAAAGGACAAAUAAUCAUAACAAUUACUGAUGUGAGAUCAGAAGAUGCAGGAGUUUAUUUAUGUGGAGUUCAGAGUAACAGAGCCUCCUACAGUUACUCCAUUAUUACUGCUGUUCAUCUCAACAUUAUGAGUCAAGUGGGUGUGGUCAUAGUGAGCGGAUACUCAGCAGGUCAAAUCAUCUUCAAGUGUCAUCACCCUCAAUACAAAAAUAACCCAAAAUAUCUGUGUAAAGAAUCAGAUGGAUGUUCUGAGAGGAAAUCUCCAUCAGUUCAGGAUCAAUGGAUGAAGAAUGGAGAUGUUUCUCUAUAUGAUGACACCACAGCAGGAGUCUUGAUGGUGUAUUUUAGAGAUCUGAAUGCUGGAGAUGCUGGGACAUACAGGUGUGGAGUGAAAGUAUCUCAAUAUACUGAGAGCUUCACUGAAAUACAGAUGGACAUUAAACAGGCGCUGACACACUGGUGGGUGAAUCAAUCUGUUUAUGUUGGUGAUGAAGUCAAUAUUAGCUGUCAGAUCCCAGAGGAACAUCAAGUCUCAAAACUCUUCUGUAAAGUGGAUGAAAAUCACAUCUGCCAAAACAUCAACACAUCUAAAGUUAAACUGAAUGAUUUAUCUCCUAAAAGUGUUUUUACUGUGACCAUCAGUAAUGUGACAGUGAGAGAUGCUGGAGUUUACUGGUGUGGAGCAGAAACCACUGAGAGAGAUUUAACUUUCAUCUCUCUGACCACUAAAGUUCAACUCAAUCUGAUCAUGCCUCCAGUGUUUGGAGAUGAAGGAGGAUCUGCUCAGAUCAUCUGUCCUUAUGAUCCCAUCUAUAAAUCAAAGUCAAAGUAUCUGUGUAAGAGCACCACUACAGAUAGAAAUCCUCUCAUUGAGACUUUGAGAGAUGAGAUGAAGAUGAACAGAUUGACUGUGAAUGAUGACAUGACAGCAAAUGUGUUUACUGUGAACAUCACUGGAUUGACAGCAGAGGAUGCUGGGAAAUACUGCUGUACAGUGAGAUUAGAAACAGAUGUGAUUUAUCUUUACACUCAUCUGAUUAUUAUCAUGAACGAGGAGAUGAUCUUGAAUAAACGUGAAGGAGACAACAUGUCAAUCCAGUGUAAACAUCAUGCUGAAUAUCAGAAACUCUUCUGUAAAGCACAAGAACCCUCAAUGUGUGUAAAUGAUGGAGUUUCAUUACAGUCAAUGAGAGAUAAUGAAACAUCUGCUGGAGUCUUCACUGUAAACAUCAGUCAUCUGAGAGAAGAGGAUUCUGGGAUAUACUGGUGUGGAUCUCACAUCAUCACUAAAUUCAAGUUAAACGUCACAAGAGGUCCUGGAUCAGCACAAUUACCCACAAUCCCCUCUGAUAAUCUGCUGUACGCUGCUGUCAGUUUCCAGAAGUAUGAAGAUUCAGUCAGUGAUGUUACAGACACCUUCAGUAAGGAGGAGAUUUUAACCGACUACACCACUUGGUGA